AUGGAAAUGACAAGGGAUUCUGCAGAGUUACAUCUUCCACCACUACCUACAGAAAUAACUAAACUUGUUACUAUUUAUCCUUUAGAUGCACCGGAUUUUCAAAAGUUGAUGGCUCAAACUCACGAUGCAUAUCAACGAAUACAGAAAUUAUUUAAUGACGCAAAAUCAAAAUGUGAAGUUCCACUUAAUGACAAUCGUUUUAGCUAUGAUAUUCCUAAAAAUGCUUCACCUUCAUAUAGAUUUCUAUAUGGCAAAAUGAUUAAAAACCUGAACAAGUUUCGAGCCAUCAGAAGAGAAGUACAAGCCAGAUAUUGUAACCAACUUGCUAUUUUCAGCCUCUUUUUUCAAACUUUAAUUGAAAAUAAUGUUCCUGGAACUUGCGAUUUUAACGGUUUCAACCAAUUCAAGCAUCAUUUUGUCGAUGAGGAUCCGGAAUUUGCAAAACACGCAAACAAAGCUAGACGUUACAAAGCAUAUUUAACCGCAAAAAGAAUUGAAUACGAAAACAGCCCAGAAUACACAAACAAGUCUCUAUCGAAAGAUAUCAUCGAACAGGCAAAACAUUACUCACAUAUAUACUCUUAUUGCCCUUCAAAUCCUUUUGAUACGAAAAUUGAAGAAUUUUUUAUACAGAACGAAAAAUUGAAAGAGCUAGAUCAAAUAAUUCUCGAUAUUUCAGGAAGAGGCGAAAAAUUACCACAAAAAACUUCAUUCCGCAAAAAAUCGAAAUGGAAUCAACCGAAAAUGAACGCGAAUAGUUUCAAUAAUUACAUAAACGAAUUCUUGCUUAGUUUACAGACGAAAAGUUUAGUUUUUGACGACAUUCAGAAAGCAACUUUUCGUUCUUCGGUUUUACGUAUCAUUUUUAACAGUCUUUACACAGAAACGAACGGAUUGAACAUGCCUGAUGCAAACUUUCAGAAAUCUGCUUACAUAAUCAUGAGAUUGAACCCGAAUGAUAUGAAUAUGCCAAAAAUUUUCUCAGAGGAAGAAAAGGAAAAGAGCUUUUUAGAGCUCUUUAAAUCCAUCCCCAAAUUACAAUUAAUUUCGGGAAAAUUAUCGUUUAUCCAAUUUUAUACAGAUCCGCUUGAUAUCGCAUACGAUAUCGGCACCGUCAGCCUCCUGAUCGACGAAUUCGCUCAGGAACGCUUUCCUUCGCAAGAAAUAAUCAAACUUGCAUUUGACGAUUUCUUUAUUAUAUUAGUUGUUUGUAUAUGCUCCAUUACUAUCUCCAAUCCAGAGGGAAUCAGAUUUUAUACAGAGUUUUACAGAGAUCUUGAAUCUGCCCAGAUCAUGAACCAUUCAAUGACUUCACUCGCUGCUGCCAUCAAAUAUGUUAGAGAUUUUGAUCAGCAGGAACACACUCCCGAGGUUUUGCAAAAAAUUAAUUUAAUUUUAGAAAAUUAUAAAUAA